CAUAGAGAUAGAUGUGGUGAAAGUGAAACUGGAACCAGCCAGCUCCUCAGAAACAACAACAUCGGUGACAAAUUAAAUAAAAGUUUCCUUUCAUUACAUAUUCAGUUUUCACGUUACUGAUCCAGAAGAAGCCUAAACCGCAGUGUGCGGCAGCUUUAGCUCGUCUCCACUUACAUCACGCUGUCCAGCAUGAUUCAGCCCUGAAUGUCUCCAGGUUACUAAGUAACUCGACACAGCUUUGUGUUGGUCUGUGUUAGGGAGCGGAUCUUUCCGUCAGUCCUGGAUCAGCUGCACCAUGAGGGCCAAAGCCUCAGACGUGCACACUAAGGACUGUGUCAAAGUGGCUGUCAGAGUGCGACCGUUCAACAAGAGAGAGAGGGAUGCAGGCAGCCGUUGUAUCAUCUCACUGGUCUCGACCUCCAUCGGCAUCCACGACCCACGUGACUGCCACAACCGACGGUCCUUCUGUUUUGAUUAUGCAUACUGGUCCCACAGUGGCUUCACAAGAGACCACACUGGUCUCUUUGUUCCUGAAGAGCCAGGAGGAAGAUACGCUGACCAGGACAGUGUGUUCCAGGACCUAGGAGUGGGAAUACUGGAGAACUCGCUACAGGGUUAUAACGCCACACUGCUAGCAUACGGACAGACCGGAUCAGGGAAGAGUUACUCGAUGGUGGGUUACGGGCCUAACAAAGGCCUGGUUCCUAAACUAUGUGACCGACUGUUUGAGGCGAUCAGAGAAAACCAAGAAAACAGACAGUGUCAGGUCUUUUUCAGUAUGCUGGAAAUCUAUAACGAGCAGGUGGUCGACCUGUUGUUCCGGGGGUCUCGGACUGCAGGUGGACUCAGAGUGAGAGAGGAGCUGCAAAGGGGCUUUUAUGUUGAGGGUCUUCGUAAAAUUCCCUGUGAGAAUGCUCUGCAGGUGGAGCAGUUGAUGGAACAGGGGACCAGGACUCGAACCACCGCUGCCACUCAAAUGAAUGCUAACAGCAGCCGCUCACACAUGCUCAUUAUUCUGCAGCUCAAACAGAUCUUCUCUAAAGAGAGCAUCACAAAGCAGUCCAACAUCAACCUGGUGGACCUUGCUGGCAGUGAGCGUCAGAGGUCUUCAGGGUCUGAAGCUGACAGACUCAAAGAAGGAACAGCCAUAAACCUGAGCCUCACCACUCUGGGCAAUGUCAUCAGCGCCCUGGCAGAUGUUGCAGUGGGAAAGAAGGUGGUCCACAUUCCCUACAGAGACUCGGUUCUCACAAAGUUGCUGCAGUCUGCACUGGGAGGAAACAGUCGCACUGUCAUGAUUGCCACUCUGAGUCCUGCAGAUAUCUGCUAUGAGGAAUCUCUCUCCACCCUGCGCUAUGCUGAAAGGGCAAAGCGUAUCCAAAACAGGGCAGUGGUGAAUGAGAGCCCUACUGAACGGCUUGUUAAGGAGUUAAAGGCUGAGAAUGCCAGACUGAUGCAGAAACUGAGCCGAAUGGACCAGGAGGGGCGCAGAGCCAGUGACGAGUCCAAGGAACUUCGUCAGCUGUUGACCCAGAAUGAGCUCCAGAUUAGAGCCAUUCAGACUCUGUGGGAACAAAACCUGCAGGAGGCGCUCAAAGACUGGGAGCAGCAGUAUGCCAGCAUCACACAGGAGAGGAGGAUGAUGCAGAUGUAUCCCUACAUCCUGAACAUCAAUGAGGAUGCUCAGCUGUCAGGGGUGGUGAAGCUUUUCAUCCAGGAGGGUGAGUGGGGCAUUGGACUCUGUGACUCCUCCCCUAGAUCAAUUUCUAUCAAGGGCUUAGGGAUCCAGGAGCGACAUGUUGUAUUCAGGAAUGAACAGCGGCGGGUAACACUGACCCCCGUGAUGGGGUCAAAGGUUAUUGUUAAUGGUAACACUGUGUACGAGACAAUUGAGCUGCAACACCUGGACCGUCUCAUUCUGGGCUCAAACUGUACCUACCUGUUCAUCGGUUAUCCGUCUGAGAGGGGUGGGAAAGACUGGAGUCGCUACGAUUAUGAUUACUUCCAGUCUGAGCUGGCUGCUGCUGAGGGCAUCCACCUGGGUGAGUCCAACACUGGUUCCAACCAGACAGACCCCAGUCUGUUAGCUGUCUUCUAUGACUACAUUAAGCUAAUGCCCAUGGUGGCUGAAGCCAAUCAGAUGAGCCAGGAACUGAGCAAGGGAGUUGAAUUUAAGCUGGAAAUAAAAAAUCUGGCCCUGUCUGACUCUCGAGGUCACGAUCUGCAGAAAGACAUUGUUGUCAGAGUGACCUCUGCAGGAAGCAAGCAGGUCUGGAUGUGGUCCAAAGCCAAGUUUAUCAACCGCAAGUUUCUAAUGGAGGAGCUGUACCAGCAUUUCAAGGCGGAACAGCACGAGAACACUAGAGUAGAGGGGCUUCCAGCUGUAGUGCUACCCAGAGAUAAAGACCCAUUCUGGGAUCCAGUUGAGCCUCUUCUCCUGGGAUCUGCUCACCUCUGGCUUCAGUCUUUGGCCUUCCGCAUCCCUCUGGAGGAGCAGCUGGAGGUUUUGGGUUCAGAGGGCACAGAGGAAGCCAUUCUACAAGCUCAGCUCGUCCCCUGUACUUCCAAUGGACUCCCACUGGGGGAGGACGACAUCCUGAUUGACCCAUCUGAAAUACUGGGUCGACGACUGGACUUCCAGCUGGUCCUGGAUCAGUGUUGUGGGGUUUGCUGGAUCAGGGAGGCCCGCAAUCGAGGGAUCCAAAUCAGUUUCAGAGUAUUUGAUUGCAGCGAGCCACUUUACACUCCACCUCUGUGGCACAACAUCAAUCCUUUGUUGGAUCACCGGGUCCAAUUCACCUCCCUUCAAACAUCCCAAUCUCUGCUGGACUAUCUGCAAAGCAGUGCUGUGGUGCUUGAGCUCUGGGGUCUUCAAGAGGGUUGUACUCAUAUGAAUUCAUCCCUGGAAGCUGUGAGAAUGACUGCAGAGGGCGUCUUCAUCAUCGACGUGUCCGGUCCAUCACAAGCUGCAGUAUCUGACUCUGUUGAGCUUAGCUGUUCCGUCAGAGCUCUUCAGCAGAACUUGGAGGAACUGAAGAGUAUUAAUGAAUCACUAAGGAAAGAAAAUGGCAGUUUGAGAGAACAGCUCAACACAGCCAGAAUCGGCGGAGAAGGUGCACGAGGUCGGUCACUGCGUCCUAGCUGUGAUGCAGAGUUUGCACGUGCACUGAAAGCUUUCUACCACAGUAUGACUUCUGUAAGGGGUCAGCUGCAGCGCCUGCGCAGACAUAGACCCAGCGAAGAGUCAGACCUGCUGGGACUUCGACUGUUUGUGGAUGAGCAGAGUCGUCUGCUGAGAGACUUCUCAGAGCAGCUGGAGGAGAGUGUCUCUGCACUUAAACAAGACGUAGCCACCAUUGUCCGCCGCAAAAGAGAACGCUCAAGUGUCUGGUCUUAACUUGGUGUUUGUUGAUUUGAAAAGCUAUCCAAACUGGUCAUCACAACAAAUCACCUGCCUCCGUUUUACCGAAUUACUUGUGUCCUCUGCUGUUACACCAACUAUCUUCAUGUCCUUACGUACUUCGUCUCCUCUUUUCUUCCUGCCUGGCAUCUUCAUCGCCAACGCCCUCUGUCCAAUGGUAGCCAGCUUCUUUACCGAGUACAUGAAUAAACAUUUGCUUCCUUAAGACCCGGACGACUUGCCGUAAUUGAUGGAAUCGUAAAUUUUGCUCUUACUAGAAAAUCUGGCAGGGGCAUGUCCAGCCAUCAGUACUGGACCUUAAACCCAAUUACAUUUUGGUUCUGCAGCAGGACAAUGAUCCAAAGCAUAGUACCGAGGCCUCCUCUGAAUGACUCAAAAAAAUCUGAUUUUAGAGUGGCCUAGCCAAAGUUGUUGCUGCUGCUGCUUAGGGUGACACGACUAGUUGUUGAGUUUAGCGGGGGAAUACCUUUCCACAUGGGGCCAGGUUGGUUUUCAUGAUUUGAAUCCAAUUGGAUUUGAUCCAAUAUUAACAUUUCUGUGUAACAUUUAUGUUUGAAAAAAAAACCUAAAGUAAAAUAAAUCUUUAGGAGGGCAAACACCUUUUCACUGUAGUGUAAUACAGCUAUAUGAAAUUUGAUAUUUAAAAGGCAUGUUUAUCUUGCAUUAACAAGAGAGGUUAAAACUGAAAAAGAUGACAAUUUCUCAUAGCUGUGUUGAGCAAUCACAUUGUUUU